CAUCCCUAGCGAGCUGAUCCUUGUUCACACAGAAACAUGGAAAGUGGCCCUUCCAGUGAUUGUCUCUCUGGUCAUUGUCCUUGUGGUCAUAUCAGCUUUCAUCAUCUGGUGGCGGAAAAAUGUAUCCAGAGCUGAACACAGUCAAGAGCUAGAGCAAGUUAAAGAUGAACUCAGACUUGAGUUGAAGAUACUUGCUGAUCAGCUGGAUUUAGUAAACAUGAAGGGCUGUCCAGAACUUGAAACCAUCAGAAAACAUGCAGUGGAUGUGACUCUAGAUCCUGAUACAGCACAUCCCAGACUCAUCCUGUCUGAAGACAGGAAACAAGUUAGAUAUGGAGACAUAAAACAGAAUCUCCCUGAUAACCCAAAGAGGUUUGAUAUUGUUCCCUAUGUCCUGGGAACGGAGGGCUUCUCCUCAGGGAGAUUCUACUACGAGGUGCAGGUGGAGGGGAAGAAUGGGUGGACUUUAGGAGUGGCCAGAGAGUCCAUCAACAGGAAGAAGUUUAUUCACCUGAAACCUGAGAAUGGAUGCUGGACUGUUUGGCUGAGGAUUAAAGAAUACAAGGCUCUCACUGACCCCUCUGUCCCCCUCUCCCUGAGAGAGAAGCCCCAGAAGGUGGGGGUGUUUGUGGAUUAUGAGAAGGGUCAGGUCUCAUUCUAUAAUGUAGAGGCCAGGUCUCAUAUCUACUCCUUCACUGGCUACACCUUCACUGAGAAACUCUAUCCAUUCUUUUAUUCUGGUGCUACUGGUAACUCAGCCCCACAGGUCAUCACUCCUGUAGGUGUCACUGACUAACUGUUAUCAUCAUAUCAAACAUUGAAAUACUGGUUGUGUGUGUGUGUGUGUGUGUGUGUGUGUGUGUGUGUGUGUGUGUGUGUGUGUGUGUGUGUGUGUGUGUGCGUGCAAGUGUGUGUGUUACUGUCAUGACUUUGCCCUGUUGGGUGAGGAAAGUAUGGUAAUAUCAAAAGGCAGGGGAAUGGAACAAUAGUUCCCUUUCUCAACCAGUUGAAAGUGUUCGUUGGUACUUAAAGAAUAUGAUGUCAGAUCAGUUCUUGUCUGGAACAUUAUAUCUGAUGAUAGGAUGACAUAAAUUGUAUCUUGGAAAGUCUACACAUUCUAGUUAUCAGAUUCACAUGGAAUUAAACAUGAAACUAUUUGUGAAAAUAUGAAAUGUAAUUUUAUCUUCUAAAUGAGAUAAUUGUUUUCAUAAGUAAACUAUGCUCACUCAGUGGCCACGCCCAAGUGAACAGACAUUGGUUGAGAACUAUGAAACACGCCCUUCUCUCCCCCAGUACAAAAGUCCGUUGACGGAAGUUAACCUUAGUUCCCAAUGACGCGAGGACUGGUGUCCGUACGUUUAUAAGGGCUAAUUUCAAUAUGGAGGUGAUGAUCACCUCACUGAAAUGGUGUAUUUCGACUAGACCAGCAUAAGCUGAUUAUGGCAACUUAGUAUGAACAUUGAACGAUUAUUUACUAAAGAAGUGAUACAUCCUAGACUUUGAGUUAUCAGCUGCAGCUGUAAACGUAUGUGGCCUAGAAAAGGACAGACAAUCUCCUAAGAACGACAGGGUACUUUAACGUACCCGCUCUACAACACUACGACCAGAAAUAUUCUUCAAAGGACAAUGGCGACCUCUGCUGGGCAAACCAGUCUUCCAUCUUCGACCCAUCUAUCGAAGGGCAGCUCAGAGUAAAUAUAUAUGUUGCAUUUUCCUUCUCCGAAUGGGCGGUUAUUAGAAUGCAUAAGAUUCUGUAUUUACGGUAGAAUAGCUUUUCAAGGUCCGAUAGAGACCCAAUCCCUUUGUCACUCCAUUUUCCCGCUUUUCAUUCAAACCCAACCCCCUUCUUUUGUGUAACGAGCUGUCAUAUUGGGUUAGCCCACUAGGGGAUUUUCAUGACAUGAUUAGUAAUCAAUGUAUGAUCGAUCCUGUGUAUAUAUAUGUAAUUCUGUGUGAUUAUUUUGGUAUUUAGUAAAUAAAUAAUUACACCAA